CAGAUGUAAUCAACAAAACAGAACAACCAACAUUUCUAUGAGUUUCACUGUUCUGAGAAGUCGUUUCUUUGUUAUAUUAUCAUAUCAAUUGUUAGCAAUAAAAAAUUAGAUUGAUAACUAUUUACUCUGUACUAUCACUAUCCACCGAUAGCAAGUUUCCCGAAAUAUAUUCUUUCAAAUCAAAACAAAACAUUUAAUCAGCCACCACUUUCUUCUCUACGCUACAGCUGAGGCUGAUUGUGUGACGCGAAUUGCGUCAUAUUUCCAAAUGGAAACGAGUAAUAAUUGAAACGCGUGAUAGUGUCGUGUUAUUGUUAACUUUCAAUCAAAUCUACAAUUUUGUGACAUUUUCUGGCUCGCCAUCAGUACUUAAGCGUUUGCGUUGAGAAAAUGGUUCAGACAGAAGUAAUCGCUGUAGAAAUGUGCUUAUUUCAAUCGCUAAUUUUGACAGUUUCACUGUUCAGUUGUUCAAACGCCAAUAUAUUUACAUGUCCGAAGAGAUCAGACGAUGUGUUUAAAGUGUUGAAUUCAAGUGAAAGUGAAUUGAUAUUCGCGCACGUUAUUUAUCGACAUGGAGAUAGAACCAUCGGACACUUAUACCCAAAUGAUCCAUGGAGGGAAGAAAUUCAUUGGCCCGAAGGCUAUGGAGCGCUGACUAAUGAAGGAAAGCGACGACAUUAUAAGCUGGGUAAAUUCUUCAUGAGACGAUAUGGCGAAAUUCUUGGACACAAAUACUCACCGAAUAAAGUGUAUGUGCGAUCAUCUGAUUAUGAUCGAACCAUAAUGAGUGCUCAAGCAAACCUAGCAGGCAUGUUUAGGCCAACCGACGAUGAAAUUUGGAAUGAGGAUAUUGGCAGAGUUUGGCAGCCAAUUCCCAUUCAUGUUGUUCCAUUAAAAUCUGAAUAUCUUAUUGCUAACGAAAGGAAGUGUCCAAAAUUUGAGGCGAUGUUUGCAAAGCAUGAAAAAGAAUCACCGGAAAUACAACGCAUUUAUUCUCAAUACGCAGAUCAGUUUUUGCAUUGGACACAAGAGAGCGGAGCAAAUAUCACAACAUUUCGUGAAGUGAAAGAAUUGUAUAAAACACUUCUUAUGGAAAGGGCGCGUUACAAAACAUUACCAGCUUGGGCUGAAAAAGCAAUUGAACGAAACGGAGUAAUGGGAUAUAUUUCCAAGUAUCAUUUCAAAAUGAGAACCGACACACCGCAAUUGGCUCGUUUGAGUACGGGAUUUUUAAUAAAGGAAAUCUUCGAACGAUUUUCAAAAAAGAUCAACAAAACAUUGCAGCCCGAUCGUUCUGUAUGGGUUUACUCGGCACAUGACGACACAGUUGCAAACCUACUGAAUAGCUUUGGUCUCUUUGAGAUACACAUUCCGCCCUAUGCGUCGAGCAUUCUUUUGGAACUCUAUAAAAAUGAUGAAAAUGAGCAUUACAUCCAGAUGUUCUAUCGAAAAUCAGAUGUGGAAAAGCCCUCGCCGUUGAAUAUACCGAAUUGUGGGGAAAAGUGUACUUUGGAUCGACUGUAUGAGUUAUACAGUGAACUCAUCCCCGGCGAUUUUGAAACCGAAUGCAGGUGGCCUUGAUCAAAGCCUCUAUACAACUUAUUUGAAAAGGGAACAAAAACCAAGAAAAUCUGAAUUAUAAUAAUAUCGAAAUAAGAAUGCGUUAUAAGUAACAAUAGCAGUUUACUUAUUGUACUUUUUAGUACUUCCGCUUGGUAACAAAUGUAGUGUAAGUGGUUUGGUUCAUUAAAAAAAAUUCUCAGAAUUGAAUUCGCAGCCGUGUUGAAAUUGAAUAGCUAGCAGUCACUCAGUUGUAUGUAGCUAGCUGUAUGUGGUGGUACACAACUGAAACUGGCACUGAAGAAUGACACCACGAAGCUUAUUUAAUAUGCAGGCACAUAGGAAGCGGAGCAUGCUAGCUAAACUAUUACUUACAUUACAAAAAGGAUAACGGCUCUACAUUUCAUGUAAAGCCUUUCCUUAAUAGUUUGUUGUGCAUACAAAACUUUUGGCAUUUCCAGAUUUUGAUUAUCGCAAUUAUUUUUGAGU